AGCCUGAGCGACGGAACAAUCGCCGAGGACAUCGUUUUGCUCAGUGAAUGUGAGAGAGAAAGCUGGAGUUUCUAAAGUUUUUUCAUAUAUUUACAGAAUCACCCCGGUAAUUUUGAUAUUUAUCAAUUUAAGUACAAAACUCUUGAAAGGUUUCUAGACUGAGGAAGCAGCUUUCUCUCUUUGGGGGGGUUAAGACGCAGACAGAAGAAGAACAGUGAGAAAGAAAACAUUUUUAUGUUAUCGUCGAAUCCAAUUGAAAAAAAAAAAAAAAAAAAGAUGGGUUCUUUAACUCAAGCGUGCUCUUCUUCUUCUUCUCUGGCGAAGAGUGUGUUUUCAUUGGCUUCUUCAUCGCCGAGCAGGCGCAAAAUCACUCGCCACUAUAGCAGCAGCUUCUUCAGAGCAUCCACCUCACCGUUGGCGUCAGUUUGUGUCGAUUCAAAGGAAGUGAGAAGCACUGAUUUGGUGGACUUGGAGUAUGCAGAGCUUAACCUCAAGUACAAGAUAUCUGAAGAAGUGGGUCAUGUAAGAAUCAGACAGCAUGUUAACCCUCUCAGUUCCUCUUUCUCUACUCCAGCUCCAGUUCCGGCUUGGGAGGAAGUUUAUAAGGAUCCAUCGCUACCUCUUAUGGUUGAUAUUGGAAGUGGUAGUGGCAGAUUCCUCCUGUGGCUAGCCAAGAAGAAUGCUGAGUCAGGCAACUACUUGGGGUUGGAGAUACGCCAGAUACUGGUCAAGCGUGCUAACUUUUGGGUUAACGAGCUGGGACUUUCUAACGCACAUUUCAUAUUUGCAAAUGCCAUGGUUUCAUUUGAUCAGCUUAUAUCAAGCUACCCUGGACCGUUGGAGUUUGUCUCAAUCUUGUGUCCGGAUCCACAUUUCAAGAAACGCCAUCACAAGAGACGUGUUGUCCAAAAGCCUUUGGUAGAUUCCAUUCUACAAAACCUGAAACCUGGCGGAAAGAUCUUUGUGCAGUCAGAUGUGCUCGACGUAGCUCAGGACAUGAGAGAUCAGUUAGACGAGGAAGCAAAGGUUCUUGAACAUGUGGACACAGUUGAUACAGAGGAAGGUUGGUUAAGGGAAAACCCAAUGGGUAUACGAACUGAACGAGAGAUUCACGCUGAACUCGAAGGUGCAAGGAUCUACAGAAGACUAUAUCAGAAGAAGAUAUUGAUUGAUAGUAUUCAAUAAACAGUCAACGUGUAAUAGAGAAAGCUGGAGCUUAAAUUUUUCCAUGUUCUAGAGUAGUUUGAUUUAUUUGCAGAAACGCCCAUAAAUAUUCAGUUUUAUCACAAUUUAAGUACAAUAUAAGAAAAAUAUGUAAUGGAUUAUGCGAGUGAAGUUUGACUAGACAGUCUAGAAUCAGAUCCUUUCAUAAUAUAUAAUUCUUGGAUUUUUAUUUCUUUCUUCAUGUGUAAGAUUUUAAAUAUUCAUAAUUGGUUCAGUCUUAAGACAAAACAACAACAAAAUGGCAUAUACUUAGGUCAGUGUAAUUAAUAUACAUUAUCUUGAAGAAUUUUGUGAAAAAAAUAAGUAAAAGGAAACGCUUUGCGUGGAAACUACGGCGCGUUCUUGAUCAGCAGCAUCUCAAGAGUUUCCUCUGCUUCUUUGUGGUCGACUAGUCUGAGGUCUAAGUUUGAAGAAGAAAAUGGGGGAGGAUCAGCGUAAUCACAGCGACAAAGGAUUCUUCCACCACUUAGCAGGAUAUGCAAGUGGACGCUACCGACCUCACGGUCAUCAUGGUUAUAAUAAUCACGGUCAUCAUGGCUAUGGAGUUCCUUAUGCAUAUCCUGCUCCUCCUCCUCCGUAUGGUUAUCCACCUGUUGCUUAUCCUCCACAUGGUGGUUAUCCUCCACCCGGUUAUCCUCCACCCGGUUAUCCACCUCACGGUUAUCCCGGACACCGCCACCACGGAGGUAUAGGAGGGAUGAUAGCGGGUGUGGCAGCUGCAGCAGUUGGUUCUCACCACCAUGGACACUAUGGUCACCAUCACGGUCACGGCUAUGGGUACGGGUAUUCAGGGCCGUCCCUGAGAUGCUGGGGGCCUAAAACAAUUUAGUAAGGGUUUUAUAAAAAAAAUUUUUUUUACAAAUUUAGGGGCCCCUUCUUAUGUAAAUUUUUUAAAAAAAUUUGGGGGCCCUAAGCCGGUGUUUCAGUCCGCUGUGCCCAGGACCGCCCCUGCGGGUAUUACAAACACGGUAAGUUCAAGCACGGAAAAUUCGGGAAACGCUGGAAGCAUGGCAUGUUUGGGAAGCACAAGGGAAAAUUCUUCAAGAAAUGGAAGUGAUUUGUUUCCUGAAAAAGAUAUAAUCCAAUUCAGAGACCAUACAUUAUCAUUAUGCAACAACAAUAAAUAAUUAAGUCUCUGAAAAUGUUACAUACUUAUUGUGAGCCUUAUAAGAGGCUAGAAUGUCAUAAUCAUUCUUUCUUGGUUUGGUAUUAUCAAGCUUUUUCUUUGUUUUACAUUGUCAUGUAUAAAGUUUGUUUCAUUUGGUA